AUGAGGGGGGGAAGUAGGAGGGAUAAGGGGUGGUAUUAUUUCACCCCUAGGGUAGCUAAGAAGGAGAGUAGGAUUUUAUUUACUGUGGGUCCUUCAUCCAUUAAGGUAUGGAAGGAAAAAUUCUUUUUUGUGGAUGAUACGGAGUGGGGGAAGGGGGAUGCCAAGGUGAGGGCGUUAGCUUCCUGGAAGGCCAAAAGGGCCAACCAGAAUAGGUUUAGCUUAAAUGGGGAUGAGGAGGAAAAAGUGAGGAAGUUGGUGAGGAAGGGGGGAGAUGUAUUGAAUAUCAUGGACCUCACAAGCGCAGCAUGCAUAGAAGCUGCUGAGAUCUAUGGGCCAAGCGCUCUGAGUGAAGCUGAAAUGGACCAGUUUUUUAACACUGCUGGAGGAGCGCCCAUCCCCAAGAAGCCAAGGAAGAAGUCAAAGACUUCAACCAAGAAAGUGGAUGAGGGGAGGACCGGGAAGGAGGUAGUGCCCUUGGCCUCAGCUGAGACGGAGAAGGAGGUGCCAGCACUAAAGAGGAAGGGUUGGGAGGAGAGGAGGGCACUGCAGAAGAAGCGGAAAGUGGUGGAGGAGGAAGAGGGGAAUGGGGUCCUUGAGUUUGUACCUCAGCCUCCUCCUGUUGAGCUGAACCCUGAGCUCAGACGGUUGGAGGAGAGGGCUGAGGUAUGGGCUCCUGGUAAGGGAAAGGGCCCUGUUUCCCCGGUGGUGCCUCAGAGCAGCCUGUUCGAGGGAAAUAACAUAGUGGGGGCUAGGUGGUUCAUCAACAGCACCUUCCCCGAAAUGGACAAGCGCAACGCGCGGGAGGAAGCUCUGAGGUACGGGGGAGCAUCUGUUGUGAAGCAUGUUCUUGAGAGGCAGUGUGACCAACUGCAGAAGGAGAAGGAGGAGCUGGAGAGGAAAAAUAAAGAUCUGCAAGAGUCGCUGGACGAGGUGGUUCCAACUGUGAAGCAGUUGGAACAGGAGAGGUCUUCCCUAAGCACCAAGCUCGGCUUUGAAGAGAGCAAACGAAAGAUCUCUGAAAGUGAGCGUGAGGCUCAGGCGCAAGAACUAAAGCUGACGAAGGAGGCUUUCUUGGAGCUGAAGGGGAACGUGCAGACCUUGGUGCACAAUGGGAUGAAGGAGCACAUCAGCAACUUCAUCAACUCCAGCUCGUUUGACAACAUCGUCAACCUAUACCGGCUGCCUACUGCCAUCAUCGCGUUCACGGACUGCAGGAAGAAGGUGAAGGCAGAAUAUCCCGAAGUGGAUAUUACGAAGAUCACCUUCGGAGAGCAAGAAGGAGGAGUGGAGGAAGAUGGUGAGAGCAUGUUCAUGAGUAAAAUGGGGAUUAUUGUGAACGAUUGGAAAGAAGUUGAAGGAUGAGGGACCCAGUUGAAGAAAUGAAAAGUCGGAGGAGUG